AUGUCGAGCCACCUCGCGCCAUCGACGAAUGGCAAGUCGUCAGCUUUAUCAACAAGUCCGUCGCAUUCACAAGCACCGUCAAGCUCAAGCCAGUCGCAUUCACACUCGCAUUCGCAUUCGCACUCGCACCACCAUCACACUCCACACGCCAUCCCAACCGCGGCGCUCGUUGAACCGCCUGCGCUGUUCGCCAGCGUUGCACCGCAGAUCUAUCGCUCAGCCACACCGGCCGCCGCCAACCACUCGUUCGUACGCACGCUCAAGCUGCGCACCAUCCUCUCGCUCACCGCCGAACUGCCCUCGCCCAGCCUCACUGCCUUCUGCAAGAAACACGGCAUCCGUCUGCUCCACUUUGGCCUGCGUCGAUGGGGGUCCCAAGACAUCUCUGCGCGCGACAAGCAUCUUGCUGCCGAGGAGAAUGGUGAAGAAACAGGUCUGGAUCUGUCGUUCUUACACUCAUUCAAGGCACCAUCGACCCCAAGCCUCGCACAGUACGAAACUGCCUCGCCUACAAUCACGGAAGAGCUGGUCAAAGACUCUCUCCAAAUCCUCCUCACUGCAAGCUAUCAUCCGAUACUGGUAACCGACACUUCAGGGAUCCACGAGAUAGGCGUCCUUCUAGGGUGCCUGAGGAAGCUCCAGAGAUGGAACUUCGCAACGAUCCUACUCGAGUAUCGCCACUUUGCAGGCAACAGGGCGAGAGCUACAAACGAACGCUUCGUCGAGAUGUUCGAUACAGACCUCAUCACUUUCCCGGACCACGACCAGCUGCCGUAUUGGUUCAGAGAGCAGAUUCAAGCCGACGACGACGAGCUCGACAGCAUCGAUCCGUGUUCCUAG